GGAAGUGGGUAUGCAAUCGUGAUUGGUUCCAUUGUUUAUUAUAAAUGUUCAUAUAAUGCUCUUACUAAGAUAAGAUCUUGUUUCAGUCCUUUAAAUUUAUUAUAUGGACUACUUUUACACAAAAGGUGGUUGAAAUAUUUAUUACGCAAUUUUUCUUUCGUGUCUGCGCUCUGUUAGUGUGUAACAAAGAGUGCACUGGACAAGAUGGAUUCAUCCAAGGUGUUGGUAAUUGUUGCUGUACUUUCAUUUUAUAUUGAAGUUGUAGAAGGUUGUUUACGUCUGAAGUGUUACCGAUGUAACUCUCUGGAUUCCCCAACUACUUGUGAUAAAAACAAUUUUGACGAAGACUACCACAAGGGUGAUGUAGUGGUUCGGACAGAUUUACACCUGCAGCUCGGUGGAUCCAGCUGUGUUAGUGGCUACCUAAAAAACCACAAGGGAGUCUCUUACUAUUACCGGGCCAUGUCAUUAGGUCAUCAAGAGACCGGGUGCGUUGGAAAACGGUGUGCCUGCAACAUAGACUUGUGUAACGGGUCCACAAGUAUGCAUGUUACAUCCGCUCUUUUCUGGAGUUACCUGUUAUCAUUUUUUGCACAUAAACUGUGUUUUUGAUAUGAAACAUGGACAUACUUGCAUGUGAUGAUAUGAUGAAAUGGCAUAAAUCAUAUUGUUAAUGCAUGAGUCAACAAUUUUAUAAUAUGUUAUACAUUUUGUGAAUUUAUUGAUAAGGUCUGAGCAUAGGUCUCGGUGAGGAGGGCCGAUUUAUCCUGUGCUGUACAGUAAAUAUAUCGUUUUAACCAAAAGGGGUAUUUUCCGAAUGGCACAAGUGCAUGUUUGGGAAAAGACAUGUAUCAAAACAUAAUAAACUAUUUUUUGAAGAAAAUAAUUAUUAGAAUCCCCUUUAAAAUUAGUGUGGAUUUAAAAUACAAUGCUUUAUGAUGUUAGGGUUAAAUAAUAAGACUUUAUUUACAUUUUUCUAAGAGCAAACAAAUAACCGUUUAAAUAAAUGACAUAUAAUCAAAAUUCUAUCAUUUGACAGUCAAGGUUAUUUAAGUUCGGGGUAGGGCAGUUGCAUGUAUAAGGGAAUGCAUAAUGGGGAUAAUGUGCUACUAAACAUUUUCGGGAAUUUCCAGAUUAAUUGUAGACAUUAAACUGGCAUUGUUUUCUUAACCGGUAUGUUCGGGUUAAUUUAGAAUUAUCUCCCUUUCUCAUUGUGUCAAAAGAAGAAAUAUCUGUUGAUGUUCUAUUUUUCACUUUCAAUAGUAUGCAUGUCAUUUGUUAUGAAAAUUUUGUGUUUUACUUGAUUUAUUAUAAACAUUUAUAUUUAUUAUAAAAUGAUUGAUUGUAUACCAUGACACUCAUGGGUUUGUAACCCUUUGAGAA